CGCGGGGAGCCUGGCCAAGGGCUGCAAGGGGCUCAGGCGGCGGGAGAGGCCCUCCGCGCACGUGGCCCCGCCUCGGCCCCGCCUCCGGCCCUGAUUGGCUGCGCUGGGGGGCGGGGCCAGCGCGCGGCUUGCGCCUGGCCUUUUCCCGUUGGCGGCGGCGCGAGCCCGGAAGCGGGCGGGGGCGGUGGCGGAGGCGCCUGGCCGGCGGGGUUGCUGCGCCGAGCUCCACUCGGGAAUCCCGCGGCCCGUGGCGUGGUCGCCAUGCAGCCCCCGGACCCGCUGGGCAGCUGCCUGCAGGACUGGGAGGAUCUGCAGCAGGACUUCCAGAGCAUCCAGGAGACACACCGGCUGUACCGCCUGAAGCUGGAGGAGCUGACCAAGCUGCAGGGCAACUGUACCAGCUCCAUCACUCGGCAGAAGAAGCGGCUGCAGGAGCUGGCCGUCAUCCUGAAGAAAUGCAGACCCUCCCUCCCAUCAGAGGCCUCCGAGGCUGCCCAGGAGCUGGAGAACCAGAUAAAGGAGCGUCAAGGCCUCUUCUUCGAUAUGGAAGCCUAUUUGCCCAAGAAGAAUGGGUUGUACCUGAGCCUGGUUCUGGGGAACGUCAACGUGACCCUCCUGAGCAAGCAGGCUAAGUUCGCCUACAAGGACGAGUAUGAGAAGUUUAAGCUCUACCUCACCAUCAUCCUCAUCCUCGUCUCCUUCACCUGCCGCUUCCUGCUCAACUCCAGGGUGACGGACGCAGCCUUCAACUUCCUGCUGGUCUGGUAUUACUGCACGCUCACCAUCCGGGAGAGCAUCCUCAUCAACAACGGCUCCCGGAUCAAAGGCUGGUGGGUUUUCCACCAUUACGUGUCCACGUUUCUGUCGGGAGUCAUGCUAACGUGGCCGGAUGGCCUCAUGUACCAGAAGUUCAGGAACCAGUUCCUGUCCUUCUCCAUGUACCAGAGCUUCGUGCAGUUCCUGCAGUAUUACUACCAGAGCGGCUGUCUAUACCGCCUGCGCGCCCUGGGCGAGCGGCACACCAUGGACCUCACUGUGGAGGGCUUCCAGUCCUGGAUGUGGCGGGGCCUCACCUUCCUGCUUCCCUUCCUUUUCUUUGGACACUUCUGGCAGCUUUUCAACGCUCUGACGUUGUUCGGCCUGGCCCGAGACCCUCAGUGCAAGGAGUGGCAGGUGCUCAUGUGUGGCCUCCCCUUCCUCCUCCUCUUCCUCGGCAACUUCUUCACUACCCUGAGGGUGGUGCACCAGAAAUUCCACAGCCAGCGGCAUGGGAGCAAGAAGGAAUGAGCCAGAUCUCCCCGACCCCAAAGGGACUCUGACCUGUGUGGCAGGGGGGUGGGGCACCUCGUGUGUGUGUGUGUGUGUGUGUGUGUGUGUGUACUGGGGUCCCCCUGCUCCCCCUGGGUCUGUGGGCUCCGUGGGCCCUGAGGAGGACCUGGGUCUGGCCCCAGCCUUGUGGGAGCCGGGUGCUAGGCCUCAAUAAAGAAAGUAACCAAGGCACCUGACGGCUGUGUUCUAAGGAAAGCAGGGCUCGGUGUUC